AUGACAUCCUUGGUUGUCUUAGAUCUUUCCCAAAACAAGAUAAGUGGUACCAUUCCAUCAAGUUUGGGCAAUUGUGUAUGCCUUGAAGCACUUGACUUGAGUAGGAACCAUUUAUCAGGAGUACUACCCAAGUCAUUGGGUUUGCUAACUGGACUCCAAUCAAUGCACUUGAGUGAAAAUAGCCUAACUGGACAAAUCCCUUCAUCUUUUCGAAAUUUUACUAUUUUGAAAACUCUCAAUCUUAGAGAAAACAACUUCUCCGGAAACAUUUUGGCUUGGAUUGGCAAUAGCUUUCCUCCCUUAAGAAUUCUUCGGUUACGUUCUAAUAAGUUUAUAGGCAAAAUUCCACAACAAAUAUCAAACCUCACUUCUCUCCAAGUUCUUGAUGCAGCACACAAUUAUUUAUCUGGUUCAAUUCCUCAAGGUUUCGAAAACCUCAUUGGCAUGGAAAAUGAACAAAUGACCAAUUACAUUCUUCACUAUGGAGAAGCAGUACAGGGUCAUUAUUAUGAGGAAAACUUGAUUGUGUCAAUGAGGGGGUUGGUGCUUAAUUACAGUAAAACAAUUUCCCUUCUGACGUGCAUUGACCUUUCAAGUAAUCACUUGUCCGGCAAGAUUCCUCAAGUACUCACAAUUCUCUUGGGAUUGCGUGGCUUGAACUUGUCAGGAAACAACUUCACUGGAAAAAUUCCAGACAAGAUUGGUAGAUUGGCAUCGUUGGAGGCUCUUGAUUUCUCAAGAAACCAGCUUUCAGGAAUAAUUCCUCCUAGUAUUUCUUCUCUAACUUUCUUAAGCCGUCUGAACUUGUCAUAUAACGACUUUUCAGGGAAAAUUCCAUCAGGCAAUCAGCUCCAAACACUUGACGAUCCAUAUAUUUAUUUUGGCAAUGAUGGCCUCUGUGGACCUCCACUUACAAAACAUUGUAACGGCGAUGAGAUGUUUCCAGGUCAAUGUCCUGUCGAAGCGACAAAUAAGCUUGCCUUUGCCGAUGAUUCAAAUUUUUCGUUAAUAAAAACCUCUUGCAUCGCCCUUUUAGCGACUAAAAUUUGGCUUUUGGCGACGAAAAUUUUCGUCGCUAAAACUUGUCCGCUAUCACGCACCGUCGAUCCAGCUGGUGCACCAACCCGCCCCGCCAGUGCUAGCACACCCUUCUCUUCCAUCAUCUCCCGCAAGCUGCUGUGUCUCGCUUACAAAAGUGAACUUGGCUGUCAGGCACGACCCUUUGACUCGGUGUCCUUGUUGAGUCAAUUCGUUCUUGCAAUAUGGCAGCUGUCUGGGGCGUAUGAGGUUUUGGUUGUUCCUGGGCAGGUUUUGAGCUUUGAAAUCUCUGCUUCUGUAGCUUCUAGACUUCGGCCGUGUCUUUAG